AUGCUGGCUCCCUUCUCUGAGGUCUUGUGGUGGGGUGCCUGCGUACACGUCUGGGGGCUCCGGCCAAGCACCAACGAGAAAGACUUGGAGAGGCGGACCUGCAGCCAUUCGUGCACCGGCACCAUCGUGCGUUUCCUGGCGCAGCAGUCACCCCUCGUUCGCCAUAAAAACUGCCGGCUGAAUCCACUAUUUACGCUAGCCCGCUGCCACGUAGUCGCUGAGAUGCUGCGCGAUACAGAGAGCAAGACCUCCAUCGAAGGGCAUAAGGUUGAUGCAGUAAACGAUACUGCUCUGAAACGAUACCGGUACAGAACGGCCAUAUGCUGGCUAUUCUGCUACGUCUGCCAUGUUGCUUUCUGUAACUGCGUUUUGGCCAGAGCCGUGCAACUAUUCAAAGAGGAAGAUUCGGAGAAGCUCCUUGCUAACCUCAAAAAUUAUGCAAUCCUCAAUUGCUAUUCUUUUGAGUUAAUGGCACAGACCAUAGCGCCGGCUGGGCGCCUGAUGAAUGGAUGGAAGUUCACAGCUUUGGCACUAUGUUCAAUAUACCUGAUAAUAUUUGAUCCAGAGUUACUAUAUGUUAGUGGUUGCUUAUUAAACUUCUUUCCAUCAGUUAAGUCUUGGUCUCUGGAUGCUAUUGCAAAAUAUUUUAUUUGGGAGGCCUGUGUAUUGUACUCGAUUGUAGCUUGGGUUCCGGUAGCUGCAAACUUCAUACUGAUCUGCAAAUAUGUGCUGGCUGAAGAGAGAGCAAUGGAGUUGUCUUUGGGAGCUUAUUUCGAUGAGCCCGACAAUGAUGCUAUGUUAGAGAACGAGUCUUUUUCCCUGAAACGCGCUAGAGUGGUUCAUAACCUAAAAAUCAUCAAGAUGGCUGUUGCUGGCAUCUUAUUCAUUCACUUACUUUUGCAAGUAUUCUUGUUUAUCAUUGCAUACCCGGCCUCGGUUCUAAGUGAAGUUUCUGGCAAGUCUGGACUGUACGCUUACGUACUUGUGGGACUGCUAUUCGCUACUGUGGUAAGAUUGCUUUCCAUACUGUUCUGCAUUUGUUACAUUUUGGUUACAUCAAACUGCAUAAGAUUCUUAUCAAGCAUGAUACUCUUUGUAUCCGUAGUACAAAGCGAUUUUGUUAUGGGAGUCUGUUGCAGCUUUAUACUUUCCACCGUCAGCCUUGUGGGCUGA